AUGCCUUCUCCCUUUCCCUGGGAUGUGGAGGUCUCUGCCGGCAGGCGCAAGGUUGUUGCGGCCUGGUGCUUUUGGGUGCUCCUCAUGUUGGGUUACCUGGGUGCGUGCACGGUCGCGAUCGUGAAGGCCAUUGAGCUCCGGAGGCAUCCCUUCAUCACGACGUAUGUUGACCGAGGGCAAAAAGUGCUCCUUCCGGACGUCCAGGUUUGCAUUGUCGAUCAGACCGAUUAUACUGGGGAGAUUGUGAGCUCCUUUGGGCGUAAUGCGUCACUAGAAGUAGUGCCAUACGACCUGUCCAUACUCAAGCUGGCAGCAGGCGGGGAUGAAGUGAGUUGGCUGCCAGAAUGCCCCCCGCAGUUUGCAACAGACAUCAACAGGCCUUAUCCGGGGGAUCCCUGGCCAGAAGUCUUUAGCUACACCGAGAAGCGGAUGCACGGCGUCAGCCUGGUGGACGGCGACGACUCUCCGGGGAACCCAUACCUAUACAGCAACGUAAGAAACGAGCGUCUGAACUUCUCGGGCGUAAUGUUGGACCCGCAAUACAGCCUGGGGCCCACCAAAGCAAGGAACGAGAGCACGACCGGGGGAGAAGACAACACCAAGGUGGUCGUGGGUGUUGAUCCGCGCUUUGCCUGCCUCACCUUCUACCUCUCCCUGUGCGCACCCCAGGCGCAAGAAAACAUUAGCAGCUCACUCCCUGCGUUUGUCAUGGAGCUGAACGGCACAGGGCCCCCCUUUUCCAGCUUCAUUGUGUCAGUGGGGCAGGCCCCGCUGCAGAAUCCUCUGUUUCAGGCGGCGUCGGAACCUGCCGGCCAACGGGACUUCACUCUCUUCGCAGCCCCAAAUUCAUCAUCCGUCAGCUUUUCGUACGUGCAGACAGAAUCGGAGCAGUUGCAAUCGCCUUUUACCGGGCCCUUUUGGUAUCAGAAAAAGGAAGUCCGAGCCUUUGAAAAGCUCUCUUACACCCUUGGCUCUAUCCUGCCUGAGUCUACCCCCGGGACAGACUUUCGCGACAGCAACCAAAGCAUAGUCCCCUUUAAGCUCAGGCUCGUGAUGUAUAUCUCCCCACAGGGGGUUGUGCACCUCAAAGAGCAAGAGCCGUUUCUUGCGCUCAUAGCCUUCAUUGGAGGCCUCUGGUCCUUUGUACCCCUCCUUUUCGGGCUGAUCUAUGUGCCCCUGGAUCCAAUCCGUCUCCGGCUGCACCCAAACCUAGACUGUUGCUAUCCUGGUUCCAAUCCGAGCAGCAAGAACAAGACUCCCAUCAGGAUUGCAGAGGGCGACACACUGAUCGAUGUGGAUACCAAUGGCAAGGCCGCAGAGAAGUGAUGCAGUCGCCUUUGGUGGCAGAGUU